CGCCGGGCCGCGUACACUUGGACAAUUGUUCGCCGCCGCAUGCCACAGCUUCUUCCUUACACACGAUACCCCGUCGCCGAUAGCAUUCACUCCUCCCUCGCGACACUCUUCACCGCGCCUUCAAUUCAGCGCCAGUGAGCAGACUGAUACUGAAAGGUGGCUGAAGCUCACACCAGUUCUCCGCACCGCGAGCAGGCUUCCCAACUCCACCACGCUCCACCAUGGUGCUGCGGAAGAACACGCCGCAAGCAACUCUCGUGCCCGCGCCGCUCUCGCAAGCAGCCAACAACCCUCCGUACCCCACAACGCCCGCAGACGAGCACCCGCCGAACCUCCCUUCCACACACGGGCAGCAGGAGCUCUACUCCCCGGACCUUAACACAUCGCCCGCCUUCAACCUAAAACCCGUUGAGGAGGCCCAGAAGCAAGGAGCUGAGGAUGAUGACGCCUCGGAUUACAGCGACGAUGAGUGGGACAAGUCCGACGACGAUGAAACCAGCCCAGCAAGCUUGCCCGAUCCGCUGAAGAUCGGUGGAGGAAAGCCAUUGCCAGCCUCGGCGAAUACGAAUGCGCUUCCGGAUGCACUGAGAGCAGGCCCGCCACCGGGAGUAGCAAUGAAGAGGCCGAUGGAAAUCUCGCCAGAGCCUACGGGCGCGACCUCAUCAUCGUUCGGGGCUAAGAGCAACGCCUCUAGCGGGUCCAUACCACUGCAGACGAACAACCCAUACCUCAAAAUGCAGAACACAGGUCAGAGUAAUUUCGGCGCCGAGAGUAGUGAGCAAGUAUGGGGUGACGCGCCCGCGCAAGCACAGAAAUACAGCGAGCUAGUAGAGCUUCCCUCGUUCCACACGCCUGACACACCCACGAACGACAUGGCGAACCUCAAGCUAGACAGCCAUGUGCCCCCCUUCCAAAGCGCCAAAUCCCCGGAUCAACCUCCUCUUAUUGCCGUCGAGUCAGCUACACCAGAGUCCGCACAUCCGUGGCAGCAUAUUCCCACUCCUGCUCCCGCUCCUGCUCAGGCUCCCGCUGCCGCUCCCGAGUCACAGCAUCACGGCAUGGACGCAUCCUCGCUCGAUGCAUUUGAGAGGACUUUCGGAACGCCAGAAGGCGCCAACGACCGAAACAACUCCCAGCAAACUUGGGAGGAGCAGCAAAAUGGAGAGCAACGCGAACGAGAGCGGCAGCAGAGGGAACAAGCUGCCGCGCAGGAAGCUGCCGAUCGAGAGCGCCAGCACGAAGAAGAGCUCCGCCGCGAGCAGCAAGCAACCAAGUUUACACCCCCGACAUCAUCGCCCUUUGAGGAAGAGCACCCUCCAGCACUACCACCGAGACGGUCCCAAGAACAGCAUCCUCCUCCGAUGCCGCCUCGGCCCAUUGAUACGGGCGUCGGCGCUCCUUCCCACGCUGGCCUAGAGUCUCCUAACACAGUGAUGAACAGGCAACGAAAAGAGACUUAUCAGAUCAAGCAUGUUCGAUGGCACGACGUCAACAAGCACGGUAUCCGGACCUCGCCGAUCCUCACGCAAAACAUCAACGGCCCCUGCCCUCUACUAGCUCUAGUUAAUGCUCUUGUCCUUUCGACUCCUUCAGAUGUUGAGACGGCGCUCGUGGAAACUCUCCGAACACGUGAGCAAGUCAGUCUAGGCUUGCUUCUGGAUGCCGUCUUUGAUGAGCUCAUGUCAGGUCGAAGAGGCGAUGCUGCUCAGGAACUACCGGAUGUCAGUGAGCUGUACAAGUUUCUCCUCGCUCUCCAUUCUGGCUUGAACGUCAAUCCAAUGUUCGUGCAAGAUCCGGAGGCGACGGAUGGUACUUCGGCGCAUUUCACCUCCCUUGGAGCGCGACCUGGCGGAUUCGAGAAUACUCGCGACAUGCGGCUGUACCGGACAUUCAACGUUCCCCUGAUGCACGGAUGGCUUCCUGAGCCAGGCUCUGAAGCUUACCUGGCGUUCGAACGGAUCGCAAAAACAUAUGAGACAUCUCAGUAUGUGCAAUUCCAGGAAGAAGAACUGGACGCCAAGCUGCAAUCUGGCGCAGCUCUAAACGAGGAUGAACAGCAAAUGUUCACCGAUAUCCAUGCUAUCAAAGAAUUUCUAAACCGGUGGCCUACGCAGCUCACUACGCACGGCCUCAGGACAAUGCGAGAGAGCCUCCGACCUGGUCAGGUCGCGAUCCUGUUCCGGAACGAUCACUUCUCGACAUUAUACAAGGAUCCCAGAACGGACCACCUAGUGACUUUAGUCACGGACCAUGGCUAUUCCACUCAUGACGAGAUUGUAUGGGAAUCCCUUGUAGACGUUAAUGGUCAGGGAAGCGAACUCUUCUCCGGUGACUUCCGUCCCAUCGGCAACAACAGCACCCCGCAACGGCCCCAGAACCAGCAGCCAGUCCAGAGUCUUCUCGACGUUGAUGAUAGCCAGGGCUGGACUACUAUGCAAUCACGCCGCAGUAACCAACAGCAUUCCCCAUCAUCCAACCUGAGCCCCUCCCAGAAUACCGCUCCUCUUUCGCCCAGCUCCGAUGUCAGCAGGUCAGAGCAGGAAGACCAUGAUCUAGCAUUAGCACUCCAGCUUCAAGAGGAAGAAGAAGAUCGACACCGACGUUCACUCGAGGAACGCCGCCGUCGCGAGAACCAGCUGUCAGAAGACGCUAUUGCAGCCCAGACAGCUUCACGGCCUGGAAAUAGGCGCACACCUCUUCCAGGCGAACCUCGGCCGAUGAUUCCGCCGCGAAGGAAUAACCAGCAAACACACAGGCCCAGCAACGAGCCCGCGCCGCCUCCCACCUACGAGGAAGCAGCUACAAACCCACCGUACCAUCCUCCGCACGGACAUCCCGCGAACCCUUCCGCACCAGUCCGCCCUCCAGGCAGCGCCUACCAGACAAACACCCAAGGCAUGCCGCCAGGUCAAGUUCCUCAGGGACGGAGAAAUUCGCGACCUAUGAUGGGAAUGCAGAACCCAAUGCAAGGCCGACCUGGCAGGAGGCAGAGCGCAGGCGUGGUGGGACCGAACGGAUCUGAAGAUCGAGACAAGUGCGUGGUCAUGUAGACACGCAACGUAUUGCACACGCUUGUACGCUAAUGGAUUUCGGCGUUCUAGGAUUUGUGACUCUUGCCUGGUGGGCUGACGCCUCGGAUAUACCCAACUCUUCGUCGCGUUUUAGCUCGUAUGUCAGGAUUUUGCAUGGUUUCGGCGUUGGACGCUAGAAGACUCCAGCAUAAGGAGCCCUGAAUUGUUUUCUUUCACAUCGCACAGUGCGGUUUCAUAGCUGUACAGAAUACAUUAACAUACCCCUUUUGAAUGGUGGACCCAGAGGAGGUGUUGGUCCUGCAUUGGCCCUUCGACAUCCUUGCUGCAAGUAUUAUUAGGCACGUAUCAUUUGGUUGUGCAGGAUGAUCUGUAGGCGAUUCGAUGACCUACCCGCCCUAAUGUGCAUGGAUGGGCCAGAAGUGGCUUAUAG